AUGCGUUUCGCGCCCUACAACCCGUCACCCUACUCCGCGAAAACUAUCACGCACGCCCUCCUCACACCUGCCAUCACUGGCACCGACGCGCGCAACCAACUACACCCCCAAAAGAAAAAGGUUCCGCCCAAACACCGCUUUGAGAAAUGCGCUCUCUUCGUUCCGCCAAAGGAUACGAAGGGGCCAGGGUGUAUCUUCUCGCCUGCGCAACCAGAGGGGGUACCUGGUCCGAGGUUUGUGAGGGGCGUGAGGGAUAAUCAGAUUUUGAUCUUUGCUGCUGGGUAUUGUCCUGAGAAGAAGGGAGGGGAAAGAGGGGAGGGAGGAGGGGAGGGAGGAGGAGGAGCAGGGUGUGCAUUUACUUUCCGACCUCCAGGAUGGAGUAGGAAGGAUGUCUUUCAUGACGGUACCGUGGCUUUUCGUCUCGAGACUCGUGGUCCUCCGACACCUACAUCGAGAGCCUCGGCGGCGGAUCUUCAUACGAAUGAGCGUGCGGAACUACGUGCUGUUAUUGCGGCGUUUCAGUUCAGACGCUGGGAUGUGGAAGGUUGGGAGAGCGUGGUGGUUGCGACGGACUCGGAGUAUGUGGUUAGUGGAGCGACGGAGAAGGUGUGGAGGUGGAGAGAGAAGAAGUGGAGGACUGUGAGGAAGAAGGCGGUUUUGAAUCGGGACCUUUGGGAGGUGUUGAUCAAGGUGAUUGAGCAGAUUGGACGGAAUGGGUUGGAAGUCUUGUUUUGGAAGAUCAAGAAGGAGGAUAAUGUUGCGAGUGGGGGAGCGAGAGAUGCGAGUGCGUUGAAGGAGGUUGAUGGGGAGUUUACGGAGUAUCGUGGGAUUGAGAUGUAG